AUGGUGAACCUGGAGUCUGUGCACGCAGAGAUCAAGAUGAGCGGUGAUGCGGCAGAUUCCACAGAUACUCGGCACGAACCUGACCAGGUAGAGCCAGGAAAUGAACAGAAUGGGCUGGACUUUAACAGGCAGAUUAAAACUGAAGACCUCAGUGACUCCUUGCAAUCUACAAUCCCUCCUAGGUCAGGUCACCUUGUGCAGGGAUCAUCGAUGAUGCCCGGAGGCCAAAUCACAGGGGAUAUGAGCUCUCUUCACACCCUACAGCAGCUUGUAUUGCUUCCUGGUCAUAUGCAGUCAGUUCCCCAGUUUCUUCUCUCUCAGUCUCAGGCUGGGCAACAAGGACCCAGCCUGGCAUCACAGGCUGUGGGCCGCUCUGGACUCCCUGGCUCAUCAGUUGAACCCCACCUGGACGUACCCCAGCAUUUGCAAGUGGCAAAGCACCUAACUCCAUCAGGAGCAUCUGAGGAACCCAGUGACCUAGAGGAGCUGGAAAAGUUUGCUAAGACUUUCAAACAAAGGCGAAUCAAAUUGGGGUUCACACAGGGUGACGUUGGACUUGCCAUGGGGAAGCUCUAUGGCAAUGAUUUCAGCCAGACCACCAUUUCCCGCUUUGAGGCUCUCAACCUGAGCUUUAAGAAUAUGUGCAAGCUCAAACCCCUGCUGGAGAAGUGGCUGAGUGACGCCCCAUCUGCUCCUUUGGAUUCUUCCAUGAGCACUCCCAAUUCCUACCCCUCGGUGAAUGAAAUGUUCGGACGGAAAAGAAAGAAGCGAACCAGCAUUGAGACCAACAUUCGCUCCACGCUGGAGAAAAGAUUUCAAGAUAACCCCAAGCCCAGUUCAGAGGAGAUAUCCUUGAUAGCAGAGCAGCUUUCCAUGGAAAAGGAGGUGGUUCGGGUCUGGUUCUGCAACCGGCGCCAGAAGGAAAAACGGAUCAGCUGCCCAAUGCCAUCCCCCAUCAAAUCACCUAUCUACAAUUCCAGACUGGUCUCUACCUCAGGGUCCUUGGGGCCCCUCUCUGUCAAUCCGGUGCAUAGCACCAUGCCUGGGACUGUAACAUCAUCGUGUUCCCCAGGGAACUCCAGCAGGCCCUCAUCCCCCGGCAGUGCACUCCAUGCUAGCAGCCCCAGCACAGCCCAGAGCAACUCCAAAGCUGCAAUGAACUCAUCCGGUUUCAACUCUUCAGGAUCUUGGUACCGAUGGAAUCAACCUACCUACCUCCACUGA